CAGGGUCCGCGCUUAGAGGACGUCAGGGGAGUCAGUUCGCCGGAAUAAUGGCUGAGCUAGAGGGCUGCCUAACCUUGAAACCCAGCGCCCUUCUGAUUCACACGUCCUAAGACGAAUAAAUUCUCACAGUCUGUGAAAACCCAUUAGAAGAAACAAGUGAAACAGUCUUCACCUCCCCAAACAAGUCUCAGAAGCGGGAAAAUCAAGGCCGCCAAUGGGCGGGAAAGCCACAGCCGCCUGCCACGGCUUCACCUCAUUAGCUAAUUUUGCUGUCCUUCCCAGUGACCCGCCUCUCUGCUCGCGGGCAAUAUUUUCAUUGGCUUUCGUCUGCCAGGCCUCCGAUAUCAUUGGUUUGCUUUUCUGUUCGUCAGGCUUGGGGGCCUGGAGAAAAGCAGAGGGCGCGUCCGUUUUGGGGCUGGAGGCCCCGCCUCCGCGUGCCGUGUGCAAAAACAAACAGCCGUUAGGAAGGCGGUGCCGGGGGGCGGGGUCUGGCUAGAAGGAGGCGCGCGAUUGAACAGCCGCCGGGGUUCGAAGUAGCAAAGCGAGCGGGUAUUGGCCGCGGCGGCGAGAGGCGGGCACAGGGUAUUGUCCGGCUCCGGCGGCGGCGGUCGGUGCUGCGAGAGCGGCGGCGGCGGCGCGGGUCGGCAGCGGGAGGGCGCGCGGCCGAGCGGAGGCAGAGUCGGCGCCGAGACCAUGGCUGGAGGCAAAGCUGGAAAGGACAGUGGGAAGGCCAAGGCUAAGGCAGUAUCUCGCUCACAGAGAGCUGGGCUACAGUUUCCUGUGGGCCGCAUCCACAGACACUUGAAGACUCGCACCACAAGCCAUGGAAGGGUGGGUGCCACUGCUGCCGUGUACAGUGCUGCGAUUCUGGAGUACCUCACUGCUGAGGUACUGGAGCUGGCAGGUAAUGCUUCUAAGGAUCUCAAAGUAAAGCGUAUCACUCCGCGUCACUUGCAGCUUGCAAUCCGUGGUGAUGAAGAGUUGGAUUCUCUUAUCAAGGCUACCAUAGCUGGGGGUGGGACACAGAUGCUAGAGAUUGAUGAACACAAAAAUUGGAAUCAUGGUUCCCUCUGAAGAGGAAUGAGAGCGUGCAACUGAAGAGGACUCGCAAAGGGCAUACUAGUAGACGUGCUGGGCUUCUGAUUUCUGGUCUUUACACGGAUUUUAUAGACUUGUGGUAGGCAACUUUUAAAGAUGGUCCCUUGUCCCCACUUCUAGUUAUACUAUACGUGCCCUUGUGUAACCCCUCCCAACCCCCCACUCCAGCUUAAGUGAGGGCUAAACCUAGUGACUUGCUUCUAACAGAUUACAGGAAAAGUGAUGGUUUGUAGCCAAGCAUGUGGGUGCGCCCUAUAGUCACAGCUACUUAGGAGGUUGACGUGAAAGGAUCGAUUGCGCCCAGGAAGUUGAGGCUGCAAUGAGCUACGACCAUGCCACUGCACUCCAGCCUGAGUGACAUCGAGACCCUGUCUCAAAAAGAAAGUGAUGGGUUGUUAUUUUUUGACUAGGUUAGAAGACUGUGACUGCCAUCUGGCUGACUCUACUGCCUUCCUGUGUGCAUACUUCCACAAAGCAAGGUGCCAUGUUGGCAGGGCCUUUGUGACAAGGAUCUGAGGGUGGCCUCCCAUCAGUAGGUCACAAGGAACAGUCUCGUGCCAACAGCCAUGAGACUGGCCUAGGAAGUAUAUCCUUUCCCACCUGAGUCUUGAGACAACUAUGGAAACCUUGACUGAGGACCGUGGGAGACCUUGAAGCAGAGGACUCAGUUGAGCCAUGCCUGAAUUCACAAUCCACAGACAUUAAGUUGGUUAGUCACUACAUUUGGGGGUAAUUUGUCACACAGAAAUAGAGAGCCAAUAUAACAUACUCUGUACAUAAAAUUCACAAUAAAAAAUUUUAAGUUUGUAA